CCUUUUUAUUAAAAACAGAUAGCCGUUAAUGGAUCACUUCAGAAUACCAACACUUCCGUUGAACUUGAGGGAGAUCCCAGCACUUUAAUGACAAUGUUUUGUCCAGUAAAUGGACAGACAAAGUUCACCGACCCGCAAGGAGAUCUAUCAUUUGUCACAGGUUACAAAAUAUCAGUCAGCAACGAUGGUGUAAAUUUUGGCGAGGAAGAGGACAUGUAUAUAUUCAACUCAACUUAUCAGGAAUUUGCUGUGGUAGACGGGAAAAUAGAGUUCAAAUUAAAGGAGAAUUACUGCUUUAUAGACGGAUCUCCAUAUUUUAAUCAGACGACGUCAUCUUCCAAUGACUGUCGAAUGUGUAUCCCUGAAAAGAAUGCAUUCGAUUGGUCAACGAGUCUAAAACCUGAAUGCAGAAUCAGUAUUGCUAAUCCGACGACGAGUUCACAGUUACAACUAGGUUCCGGUGCGAUAGCUGGGAUAGUAGUCGGUGGCGUGUGUUUUUUGAUGGUAGUAACAGGAAUCAUUGUUUGGAAAUACAAACAGAAAAGGCCCAAACGCUUCACCUCUAGAGUGAGUAUGGACGGUCUAGGUAGUGAGACAACCACAGCAACAACUAAGUGAUUUAACCAGGUGGAGUCUACAAAUCAGGAUCCCUGCACAUCACUGAUUCAUAGUCAUCAAUCCAAAUUGCAAAUACUUUUCUCAACUCCAGUUAGUGUUAUUUUCAUUUAUGAUUAUAAAAUUAUCCGGAAAUUUCUACAGAGUUCCAGAAUGAAGAACCUCUUGUCGCUUUAGUGAGAUAUGUUCGUGAUAGACGAAAUUAUUCAGUUUAAUGUAAAUUACAUUGGAUUUACACGUUAUUUUUAUAUGUUACUUUACAUCCCAUUGGAUGUUUGAUUGUUCACGCAUGGAAAGACGACAUUAGCUUUAGGUGAUUUGAUACCAAUUUGUACUCAAGAAUGGCGUCCAGGGUGGUAGCAGAAACGUUUCUUGGCAAUGACAAUGCCUCCCGUGAUAAAAUGGUUCCAUUUUUAAGAUGACGUAUAUAAAUCAACAUAAUAUGUAUUGUACAUCUUAAUAAAUGUCAAUCAACCAAA